AUGGAGAGACCGGAUCAUGGGAGCCAGCCUCAGGUUGUUGAACCACGUCCAGAUGCUACAAUGAGAGAAGCCGAUCGUAUUGGCGCAGAGGAACUAAAGGAGUCAUUACGAUUUCGAAAUGAAAGGGUCAGUAUCAUCAACGCAGACCCUUCGUCGACCUUCUUUGUCUUUUGGUUUGUGGUUUCGUGCUAUUUUCCCGUUAUUGUUGCGUGUCUGGGCCCGGUGGCUAACACCAUCUCGAUAGCCUGCGUGGUGGAAAAAUGGAGAUCCGUGAGGAGCAACUCUGUGGUGAUGAACUCACAGAGUAGCGACACGGACGCUGUAAUGAACCAGGUUAAAACGGUUUUUGACCCCCCCGGUAUCUUCGCUGUCAAUAUUUUGUCCUUAAUCUUUGGGGUCACGUCUAAUAUUGUUUUGAUGCUGCAUUUUAGCAGGAAACUGACGUAUCUGAAAUCCCAGAUGAUCAAUAUCACCGGUUGGACACUAGCCGGUGGCAUGCUUUUGGUGGAUGUGAUUGUAUGCUCCUCACACGAAAUGUCCAGUUAUUACAAAAAGACUAUUGGAUUCUGGUUUGCCUGUUACAGUUCUGGUUUGUAUCUUAUCUGUACUAUCAUUUUGGCGGUGCAUUUUAUUGGUUACAAGUUACAAAAAUACCCUCCGACAUUUAAUCUUUUACCCAACGAAAGGAGUAUUAUGGCAUUCACCGUGCUCCUGUCUAUAUGGUUAAUUUGGGGUGGAGGUAUGUUUAGCGCUCUGUUACACAUUACGUAUGGGAAUUCGCUCUAUUUCUGUACUGUGUCAUUAUUAACUGUAGGAUUGGGCGACAUCUUACCCAAAACGGUGGCUGCCAAGAUCAUGGUUUUAAUCUUUUCGUUAACCGGGGUUGUUAUAAUGGGGUUAAUCGUAUUUAUGACAAGAUCAAUUAUCCAAAAAUCGUCUGGACCCAUUUUCUUUUUUCAUAGGGUUGAAAGCGGGAGGUCCAAAGCUUGGAAACGCUAUAUGGACGGUAACAAAAUAUCAUCUCAAAAGGAAGCGUUUAAUUUGAUGAAAUGUAUCCGCAGGACGGCCACGAGGAGGCAACAUUGGUUUUCAUUGUCUGUCACGCUAGCCAUCUUCAUGGUUUUUUGGUUGUUGGGAGCUCUCGUCUUCAAAUUUUCAGAGGAUUGGUCAUAUUUUAAUUGUAUAUAUUUUUGCUUCUUAUGCUUAUUAACCAUCGGGUACGGCGAUUUUGCUCCCAAGUCUGGUGCAGGUCGCGCUUUUUUCGUUAUAUGGGCAUUGGGUGCCGUGCCAUUGAUGGGUGCUAUACUAUCUACAGUGGGUGACUUGUUGUUUGACAUUUCCACGUCCCUGGAUAUCAAGAUUGGUGACUCCUUUAAUAAUAAAAUCAAGUCCAUCGUUUUUAAUGGGCGCCAAAGAGCACUCUCCUUUAUGGUGAACACGGGUGAAAUUUUCGAGGAAUCCGAUACUAGUGGGGAUAACGUGGGAGAGACCCCGACAAGCUCACAAUCCUGUGACAUUUCAGAGGAUGGUGACGAAAUUUCAGGUGACAGUGAUACUGGGGUAACAUCUCCUCCGGCAACUCCACAGGAAUCAUUAUCUACUUUAUCAAAAGCAACUAGUCCAGAGGGUAUAUUUCCUUUGGAGUACGUUUCUUCUGCAGAAUACGCGCUAGGCGAUUCUGAAGCCAGCAACCUAAAGAAAUUACAAAUAUUACUUAAAGCUGUGAAAAAAUUACACCGGAUAUGCCUAUUGAAUAAAGAUUACACGCUUACCUUUUCGGAUUGGUCGUACAUUCGCCAACUGCAUUUGAGAAACGCUCCGGAUGUCGAGGGGUAUACAAGGGGCCCAGAAUUCUGGAUAUCGCCCGACACACCCCUCAGGUUUCCAUUAAAUGAACCUCACUUUGCCUUUAUGACCCUAUUUAAAAACAUAGAAGAGCUGGUCGGCAACCUGGUUGAAGACGAAGAGCUAUACAAGGUCAUCGCCAAGAGAGGCAAUUUUGGUGAUCAUAGAAAGACACUUUAA